AUGGUCAGCACAAGAUCCCAAGGUCAAGAAUUAGUACCCUUUGAUCCUGAGAUAGAAAAAACGUUCCGAGAGCUCUGUCACAUCAACCAACAAGCAUUUGAUACUGAUUUAGAGUCUGACACAGAGUCAAUGGCAGCCAACACUAAGCCCUUGAAGGAGUAUUCACAGCCCACAAUUUUAGAAGAGCCUUCAUGUAUCACAUUUCCUGAAAUUGAUGAUGUUUCGUUUGAGCUAAAAUCCGGUACCAUUGGUCUUCUUCCUUCGUUCUAUGGUAAAUCAAAUGAAGAUCCCAACAUUCAUAUUAAGGAUUUUUACAUAGCUUGUGGUACGGUUCAUAUCAAGGGAGUUUCACAAGAAAUAGUGCGUCUGAGAUUGUUCCCCUUCACUCUCAAAGACAAGGCCAAGUCAUGGUUCACCUCUCUUCCUGCUGGAUCCAUCACAUCAUGGGAAGAACUUGCUCAAAAAUUCAUGCUGAAAUUUUUCCCUGUCACAAAAACAUUGCUACUUAGGAAGGAAAUCACGAACUUUGAACAAAAGCCUCAAGAAUCUUUUCAUGAGUGCUGGGAGCGAUUUUGUGAUCUACUACAACAAUGUCCUCAUCAUGGAGUGGAAACUUGGAUGCAAAUGCAGAUCUUUUACCAAGGACUAACCUCAGCCAGUAGAAACAAUGUUGAUGCGGCGUGUGGAGGAGCUCUGAGUGAGAAAGAUCCUAAGGAGUGCUUCAAAACUUUUGAGAGAGUUGCUGCCAAUUCUAUGCAAUGGGGCGAUGACAGAUUCACAAGGAAGAUUACUGUGCAUAGUGUCGAUACAAAUCCUGGACUCGCUUCAGCAUCUCAAGUAUCCAACUUGGAAAAGAAGCUUGAAAAUUUCAUGCAGUCAAUGACCAAAUUUGUUUCUCCUUCCUCUGUGUGUGCUAUUUGCUCUGAUAAUUCUCAUCCAACUAAUAAUUGCCCUUUGAGUGAUCUUACGCAGGAGCAGGCUAAUCAAAUAAAUUCAUUUCAAAAGCCACGACAUGAUCCCUACUCCAACACGUAUAACCCGGGAUGGAAGAACCACCCCAAUUUCUCAUGGAGCAACAACAAUCCGUCUGAGCAGCGCAUUUAUCCUCAGCAAAAACCUGUCAAUCCGAAUGAACCAAGAGAACCAACUUUGAAGGAGAUUAUGACUCAAUUUAUUCAGACUCAACAACAAACAAACAAUAACCUUCAAGCUGGUUAUCAAAAUUGUCAUGCUGCAAUUCAGAAAUUGGAAGUCCAAGUGAGCCAGAUUGCAAACAUAGUCAAUGAGAGGGAGAAAGGCAAGUUACCUAGCCAACCUGAAAUCAAUCCAAGAGGCCAGGAGCACAUUAAGGCGAUAAAAACAUUAAGGAGUGGGCGAACUUAUGAGGCUAGACCUGAAGAUGUUUCUAAGGCUGAAACAGAGGGAAAACAAGCUGCUGAAAUGGAGUUAGACGUGGAAGACAUGAAUACACUUCAGCCACACCCUGUCCCUGCCACAACGGAUGUUACAGAGGCCCCUACAGCAGCUAUUGAGCCUACCAAAGAACCUACAGCAGCUACCCCUUCCAAGGAGCGAAUAUAUGUGCCUCAAGUUCCUUUUCCGCAAAGACUACAGAAGCACAAGAGAGAUCAACAAACAAUGGAUAUUCUGGAAUUGUUUAGAAAGGUUCAAAUAAAUAUUCCAUUGUUGGAUGCAGUGAAGCAAAUCCCAGCUUAUGCUAAGUUCCUCAAGGAUGUUUGCACAAACAAGCGAAAGUUUGCUACACAUGAGAAAGUGAUGUUGUCCGAGGAAUGCAGUGCAGUUCUCCUUAAGAAAUUGCCACCAAAACUUAAGGAUCCAGGGAGUUUUACAAUUUCUUGCAUUAUUGGAAAUUUACAUAUUGAAAAGGCUUUAAUUGAUUUGGGUGCAAGUAUUAACUUAAUGCCUUAUUCUGUAUUUCAGCAGCUAGGCAUUGGAGAGAUCAAACCAACUUCUGUGAGCUUGCAACUGGCUGAUAGGUCUAUCAAAUAUCCACUUGGAAUCGUUGAAGAUAUACUAAUCAAAGUGGAUCAAUUUGUUCUUCCAGCAGAUUUUAUCAUCCUUGACAUGGAGGAAGACAGAGAAGUUCCCAUCAUUAUGGGACGUCCUUUUAUGGCUACUGCUGGCACCAUUAUUGAUGUGAAGAAAGAUGUCGUUGAUACUAUUGCCCACACCACUUUCCUAGCUAAUGUAAACGAGGAUGAACUUCUCACAUGCCUAGCUAACCCGGAGCUAAGAUCAGAUUCUAAUGAGGCCCAACACCUUGUAGCAGCUUUGGAUUCGACACCUAUUCAGUUCCCAAGGUGGCGUCACACAUAUGAGCCACUAGGGACACCUAGCGCUCCUAUCUUGCCUUCCGUUGAGAUACCUCCAAAGCUGGAGCUCAAGCCAUUGCCUGAACACUUGAAAUAUGCCUUUUUGGGAGAAUCCGAUACACUUCCUGUGAUCAUUGCUUCUGAUUUGACUGUUACCGAGGAAGAAAAGCUUUUGCGGGUUUUGAGAGAGUACAAAACAGCUUUAGGAUGGACCAUAGCUGACAUUAAAGGCAUUAGUCCAUCCAUGUGCAUGCAUCGAAUUUUACUAGAGGAUGGUUCUAAGGCUACCAUUGAUGCGCAAAGAAGAUUGAAUCCUAACAUGAAGGAGGUAGUCCGAGGUGAAGUUUUAAAACUUCUUGAUGUAGGUGUGAUCUAUCCCAUCUCUGACAGCAAGUGGGUUAGUCCAGUUCAAGUCGUCCCCAAGAAGUCUGGAAUCACAGUGGUUCAGAAUGAAAACAAUGAACUCGUGCCUACAAGAAUGACCACGGGAUGGAGAGUCUGUAUAGACUACAGGAAGUUGAAUUCAUCUACUAGAAAAGAUCAUUUUCCCUUGCCUUUUAUUGAUCAAAUGUUAGAAAGAUUAGCUGGUCACUCACAUUACUGUUUUCUUGAUGGCUAUUCAGGUUAUAAUCAGAUUCCCAUUGCCCCUGAGGAUCAAGAGAAGACGACAUUUACCUGCCCCUUUGGGACGUUUGCUUAUAGGAGGAUGCCUUUUGGCUUGUGCAACGCACCUGCGACCUUUCAACGAUGCAUGAUGAGUAUAUUCUCUGAUAUGGUUGAGAGAAUAAUUGAGGUUUUUAUGGAUGAUUUUUCUGUUUUUGGAGAUUCAUUUGAUACUUGUCUGUUUAACCUCAAACUUGUGUUGGAAAGGUGCACGGACACUAACCUUGUUUUAAAUUGGGAGAAAUGUCAUUUUAUGGUACAACAGGGUAUUGUGCUAGGCCAUUCAGUCUCUAGUAAAGGCAUUUCUGUUGAUAAAGCAAAGAUAGACAUCAUUGCUAAAUUGCCGCCACCAACCUCAGUGAAGGGUGUGAGAUCUUUUCUUGGCCAUGCCGGGUUCUACAGGCGUUUCAUCAAGGACUUCUCCAAAAUCAGUCGUCCCUUGUGCAACCUGCUCGCCAAAGACGCCAUUUUUGAGUUUGAUGAUUCAUGUUUACUUGCUUUUAACAAUUUAAAAAAGCUUCUUACUUCUGCUCCUAUUAUCACAGCUCCAGAUUGGAGUUUCCCUUUUGAACUGAUGUGUGAUGCUUCUGACUAUGCAAUAGGUGCUGUUCUUGGUCAACGAAAGGAAAAGCUUUUACACGUGAUUCAUUAUGCAAGUAGAACAUUGAAUGAUGCACAACUCAAUUACUCAACCACUGAGAAGGAAUUGCUUGCCAUAAUCUUUGCUUUGGAGAAGUUUAGAUCUUAUCUUGUUGGAUCUAAAGUCAUAGUGUAUUCUGACCAUGCUGCUCUGAAGUACCUAAUGACAAAGAAGGAUGCCAAACCCAGACUCAUUCGAUGGAUUUUGUUGCUACAAGAGUUUGACUUAGAGAUUCGAGACAAGAAAGGCUCCGAAAAUGUGGUAGCAGAUCACUUGUCAAGGCUCACACUGAGCCACAAAGAGGAAGUGUUGCCCCUAAAUGAGUCAUUUCCGGAUGAACAACUAUUUUCUGUACAACAUGGAGUCCCCUGGUAUGCAGACAUUGUGAAUUAUUUGGUUAGUGGAAUUAUUCCAGCUGAUUCUAACUCUCAGCAAAAGAAGAAGUUCCUGUCCAUGGUCAAAUUUUAUUUUUGGGAUGAACCAUACUUGUAUAAGCAUUGCCCUGAUCAAAUUAUCCGAAGAUGUUUACCGGAGAAUGAGCAACAGAGCAUUCUGAAUUUUUCUCAUAGUUAUGCAUGUGGUGGACAUUUUGGUCCCAAACGGACAGCUGAUAAAAUUUUGCAAAGUGGUUUCUUUUGGCCAACUUUGUUUAAGGAUGCCUACAAGUAUUGUGCAGCUUGUGAUCGAUGUCAAAGAGUUGGUAAUAUUUCCAAAAAGAAUGAGAUGCCACUUCAAAGUAUUCUUGUGGUUGAACUCUUUGAUGUCUGGGGUAUUGACUUUAUGGGCCCUUUUCCGUCAUCCUGUAGCAACAAAUAUAUAUUAGUGGCUGUAGAUUAUGUGUCAAAAUGGGUUGAAGCUAUGGCGUGUCCCACUGCUGAUGCUGCUGUUGUUAUGCGUUUUCUAAAAGGAUUCAUCUUCUCACGGUUUGGCAUUCCAAGAGUGAUCAUCAGUGAUGGAGGGAAGCACUUCAUCAACAGAGCAUUUGACAAGCUUAUGGCUAAAUAUCAUAUCCAUCAUAGAGUCUCUACACCUUAUCAUCCUCAGACCAGUGGCCAAGUUGAGGUUUCUAAUAGAGAAAUCAAGAGAAUCUUAGAGAAAACAGUCAGUGCUUCAAGGAAGGAUUGGUCUCUGCAGCUAAACGAUGCAUUGUGGGCUUAUCGGACAGCUUACAAAACACCUAUAGGCAUGUCACCAUUUCGAUUGGUGUAUGGGAAAGCAUGCCACUUGCCUAUGGAGUUGGAACAUAAAGCAUAUUGGGCUAUCAAGAAGCUCAAUUUUGACAUACAGGCUGCUGGUGCGAAACGGAAGCUACAACUUAAUGAACUCGAGGAGCUAAGACAUGAGGCUUAUGAGAAUGCAAGGAUAUAUAAAGAAAAGACCAAAAAGUUGCAUGAUCAAGCUAUUUCCAGGAAGACAUUCGUGACGGGAGAGAAAGUGUUACUUUAUAACUCCAAACUUCGACUCUUUCCAGGCAAAUUGCGUUCAAGAUGGACAGGCCCCUUCCUCGUCACUCAAGUUUCUCCUCAUGGUGCUGUAGAGAUUCAGAAUAUGUCAACUGGGACCCAAUUCAAAGUGAAUGGUCAUCGCCUCAAGCAUUAUCUAGAAUCUCACUUUGAUCCUCAAGAGGAACAAGUCGAACACAUCCCAGCAUGUUUAAGGAGUCUUUUUCAAUGUGUUGGCACUCCUCAUUUGGACCGCAAAGCAAGGGAAGGCAACAAGUUGCAGUUCGAGACUCCACAACCUGUAGUUAUAAGUAUUUUCCAGGUUUCAAUGCCCAGAUUUUGA